CUCUCUGAGUGUGAGUGAGUGAGGGUUAGUGAGUUAGUGAGCUGCUGGGUGAAGAUGGCGGAGGCCGCCGCCGCUGCCGCCGCUCCUCCUCACAGGUUUUUCUGUCACUGCUGUAAGAGUGAAGUGGAGCCCAGGCUGCCGGAGUUUCAGUGCCCUAGGUGUGACUCUGGCUUCAUUGAGGAGGUGGCAGACGACUCCAGCCAUUUACAGAGUGAUAUUGCUACAGAUGGAGUUGUGGGUAGUGAUGGCAUUGCUUCACCAUUCGCUGAACUGUGGCAGCUGCUCUUCAUGGAACGCUCUGCCCUCCUCUCCGACCCCACCGUCUCAGGCUCUGAAUCGCUCCACGGAAGCUCUGCUGUGCAGACAGUUGCUACUCAUACUCCAGAGGCGGUGAGGCCUGUAGCUGGUCUAGAGGAGCUUUCGGAAAACUCAGCUCCAGAGCCAAUCCCCCCACAGCACAGUCAGCGGAGGCACUCUCGACCAGACCGAGGACCUGCAGUGGAGGGAAUUGUUCAGCAGUUCUUGGCUGGUCUGUUCACCAACCCUGGUACCCUGAAUACUCAGCCAGCAGCAUGGCCUGGAACGCUGCAUUCAAACCCUGGAGAUUACGCUUGGGGACAGGGAGGUUUUGAUGCUGUCAUUACACAGUUGCUGGGUCAGUCGGAGAUCGCUGGUCCACCGCCUGCAGAGAAAGAGAUGAUCUCAUCUCUCCCUACCGUCCACGUUUCCUCAGAACAGGCUGCAUGUCGUCUGGAAUGUCCCGUGUGCAGAGAGGAGUACUCGGUAGGGGAAUCAGUCCGACAGCUGCCCUGCCUGCACUGUUUUCACAGUGACUGCAUUGUGCCUUGGUUACAACUGCAUGAUACUUGCCCCGUCUGUCGCAAGAGUCUGAACGGCGAAGAUCACAGCUUCCAAAGCCAGCCUGCACCUCAGGAGACCAGUCCUAUCUCCACAGAACCGUACAGGACCCAGCACCUCUGAUGAUAUUCCUCUAUCAUCUCUCUUUUACAAAGCCAAGUGUUCUACACAUGUACCUACAGUGCCUACAGUGCUCACUUCCAUAGAGACUGAGAUACAUCUCUCUUUCAUUGAUCUCACCAUGUUGAACUCUGUUCAGGGAUCAUUUUUCGAGAUGGUCAGUAGGCCAGGAUUAAACUAUGAUUCUUCUGAUGUUAUGCACAGAUAAUAAGCUCACUUUUUAUAAAGUGAGAAAUGACCUAUUUGAGUAUGUAUGUGUUUUCUGACAUGAGAAUCAUACAUUUGUACAGCUCAACAUGAAAUGAUUAUUUUUUUCAUUGUAAAGAAAAGGAAACCAUUCUUGGUAAUAAAGUUAAUAAGUUAAUAAUGAA